CCAGCUCUUAUGCACUUCAGCAUGGCUUCGGCCUCAUCCGGCUCUGGAGCCGGGCUGUUGCGUUUUCUGCGUCUAGUUGGGCAGCUCAAGAGAGUUCCACGGACUGGCUGGGUAUACAGAAAUGUCGAAAAGCCAGAAAGCGUGUCAGAUCACAUGUACCGGAUGGCAGUUAUGGCCAUGGUGACCAGAGAUGACCGUCUUAACAAGGAUAGAUGUAUACGCCUAGCCCUGGUACAUGAUAUGGCAGAAUGCAUCGUUGGGGACAUAGCACCCGCAGAUAACAUCCCUAAAGAAGAGAAACACAGGAGAGAAGAGGAGGCUAUGAAACAUAUAACCCAGCUGCUGCCAGAGGACCUCAGGAAGGAGCUAUAUGAACUCUGGGAAGAGUAUGAGACUCAGUCUAGUGAAGAAGCCAAAUUCGUGAAGCAGCUGGACCAGUGUGAAAUGAUCCUUCAGGCCUCAGAAUACGAAGACCUAGAGAAUAAGCCUGGCAGACUUCAAGACUUCUAUGAUUCCACAGCAGGAAAAUUCAGUCACCCUGAGAUAGUCCAGCUUGUUUCUGAGCUGGAAACAGAAAGAAAUGCCAGCAUGGCCACAGCCUCAGCAGAGCCGGGCUCCUGAGAUCGCCUUGCUGCUCCACAGAGCUGCUUUCUUUGUUUCCUGGGGUUUUCCCCAAGAUGAGAGUCUGUUUUCUGUUAUCUGGACUUGAACAAGAAAGGUGAGAUAAUCCAAACCCUAAAAGAAGCUCAGGAAGAUGCCGUGGAUGAAGACUGGAGAAGAGAAUGUUUUUCUGUGUGAAUUAAAAAAAAAAAAAAAAGCUGUUAAACACUC